AUGGGCGGAAUGAUUUAUGAAGGAAAAGGAACAGAUAUGGAGUACGAGGAGGUGUUCGAUAGUCUGGUGAAAGACUUAGAAGAAGAUGUUCUAUCACUGCAGCUCACAAAUUUCAGUGAUGUAAAUCACACUCAUGAAACGAAUGGGAAAUGCUCGAUGAGUGUCAGGGAUUUGGACGAGUGCACAGAAAGCGUACAGGUAAAAAAUAUCGAGUAUAAUAGUCAGAAAUACAUCUUCAUGAGAUCGAUUAAUGAUGACGCACAACCUUCAUUAAUAUUCAUCAGCGUGGAUGGAGAUGAAAGAGGACGCAAAAGAGGGAUGCUAGUAACGUCUUUUUGUGGUAUCCUCAAAUUGAUUGCUACUUUUGAUUAUCAGGCUGCCAACAGUGUGGCGGCCAAGAUCUUCAAGGUUCUUGAGGAGUACUCCUGUGAGGAGGAGGAGGAGUAA